AAAACCCAUGGAAACGGAAAAUCUCACCAUGCCCCUCGUAGAAUAAUCCAACAAAGAAAUCUCAACUUUCUCACUAUAUAUCCCUAUUAAAAUCACUAUAGUGAUAUAACCAAAAAUUCCAUCUCUAUCCACACUCUACAAUAAAACAACUCUCCAUCAAAACCCUCUCCAUCACAACAUCUCCAUCCUUUCGCACUCACUCACACUCCUAAAUCUCCCUUAGAAAAAAACCAUGGAAACCAUAAAUUCCUGGAUAGUAACCUAACCACACCCACUUAAAAUGUCCCUAGAAACGUGUCACACCCCUAAAUCACCACCUCCUCCCCCUCCUCCUCCCCGAAAAAUCCCAUGGCAACUGAUAAUCCUGUUAAUAAUCAUAAUUCACAACGUCUCCAUAGAAAUUCGUCUCCACACGUCAAAUUCCUCUCAAAAAGAAGAGUCAGUUAUCCGAUUUAAGCGAAGUAUAAAUUCCCAUGACGACUCUUCUUCGGAAAAUUCAAUCUUGUUGCCAGGACAACCAAAUGGUUGCUCGUGUCCGGCGGGACCACCAGGGAAAAGGGGAAGGAAAGGGAAAAAAGGGGACAGCGGUGAGGUCGGGGGUGUGGGUCCGGUAGGGCCCCCUGGGAAGAAUGGCUUUCCUGGCCCCAUCGGACUCGACGGUCCACGCGGAGAGCCCGGCCCCCCCGGCGACCGUGGUGAAAAGGGUCAAGCGGGCAGUCCUGGCUACAAUAUUUCCACCGCUGCCAAGUUUGGUGUAAAACGCUCGGUGACGUCCGUUUCUGGGGGAACGAUUGGUUACGCUGAAAUUAUUGCCAUCAAGGAACUGGAACAACAAGGAUUCAAGUUGCAGAGUCAUGUUUUAACUUUAAGAGGGGAACCAGGGGAACCGGGCCCGGGGGGGCCAAGGGGUCCCCCAGGAAACGUGGGUGUGCCGGGGAUCAAUGGGAGGCAGGGGGAACGUGGCGAGAGGGGGGAACGUGGAGAUAAGGGGGAGUCCGGCGAUAAGGGAGAAAUCGGUCCCCGGGGUGAAAAGGGAGAUAUCGGAUUGAAGGGCCGUAAAGGUCUGAACGGGGAGGCGGCUAUGAAGGGCGAACCGGGUUUGAGGGGAGAAACUGGGCCUCCCGGGAUCGAUGGGAGAGAUGGACCCUCGGGACCCCAAGGCCCACCCGGUUCGAUUGGAGGGGUCGGACCUAAAGGAGACAAAGGAGAAUAUGGAGAUAUUGGGCCUCCAGGGCUAAUGGGUCCACCUGGAUUGCCUGGCCCCCCUGGUUACCCCGGCACCCGCGGCGACAAAGGGGAUCGCGGGGAAACUCAAAAGUACAAAAAAUUACGACGACGCCAACAUCAACAUUUACAAGAUGGAAACUCGGACUUGUCGGAAAUGAUGAUUCAAGGGCCUCCGGGACCGCCGGGACCCAUUGGACCACAGGGACUCCAGGGGCCGCCGGGCUUGAAGGGUUUCGCCGGUCAGGAUGGAAUGAAGGGGGAACGGGGGGAAAAGGGGGAGUAUGGGCCACAGGGGAUCAUGGGAUUACCCGGGCCCAUGGGGAUUAGAGGCGAUUUAGGACGAAAGGGGGAUUCGGGCCCCCCUGGCCUCGACGGAAUGAAAGGUGCACAAGGGGAACGGGGUUCCAAAGGGGAGCGGGGCGAACCAGGAUUACCCGGAACGGACGGUAUUCCUGGGAGUGAAGGUCCGAAGGGGGAAAUUGGUCACAAAGGGGAGUUGGGCGCCCCUGGAAAGCGAGGUCGUAAAGGAGACGUAGGUUCAAAAGGAGAACAGGGCGUGCCCGGGUUGGAUGCUCCCUGUCCAGUUGGCCCCGACGGUUUGCCACUCGCCGGUUGUAAUUAUUUUACUAAUCAUAAUCCUAGUGUAAUAAAAAGCCCCGUUGCCAUGGCAACGCCGCCGCCGCUGACGACGACGCCGAGUAGUAGUAGCAGUAGUGACUAUUAUAACGAGUACGAUAGAUAAUUUUCGGUUGUGAGAAUGUUGUUGUGCGAGUUUUCUUUUGUAUUUUUUUAUAUGAAUAAUAAAAAAUAUUGUGAGCAUGUUAUUUAUUUGAUGAAGUGGAGCAAUAAAAAUGUCGAGGUUUUAUAUGGAGAGAA